AUGCAUCAGGCAGCAGGUUGUGGUGCAGCACGAUAUGAUUUUUUACAAGAUAUUAACUUAUAUGUUUCAGGAAAAGGAAAGUUUAUGCCGGAAGAUAUCACAAAAGGCUUAUGCACACAUAUUCUGUAUGCUUUUGCCAAAAUCGACAACGAUGGCAAUUCGGUCGCAUUCGAGUGGAAUGAUGAAGACACCGAGUGGUCCGAAGGGAUGUUUUCCAGGGUUAUCAAGCACAAGCAGACCAAUCCCGGUCUCAAGGUUCUUCUCUCGUACGGAGGAUACAACUUUGGUUCAGAAAUUUUCACUGUUCGUCUUUGUUUCUUCGCAGUGGCAAAGUCUGAUACGAAGCGAAAGAACUUUAUCGAUUCGGCCAUUGCAUUCCUCCGCAAAAAUAAAUUCGAUGGUUUCGACUUGGACUGGGAAUAUCCACUCGGUGUCGCCAAAGAACAUGCCAACCUUGUCAAGGUUCUGAAUAGAUCACGUUUCUUAUGGCCAUAUUAAAU